AUGGGACCUGAUCAAAACGGGACAGUUUCCAUAAUCUCAGACACAUGGACAGCUGAAGAGGUAUUCGAAGCCACAUACACCGUGGCUACCUUCAUUCUAGGGUUCACAGGAAACCUGUUUGUACUAAUAACGUCCCACCUCUACAACUCCAUCGACAUGGACGCAGUUACCAUCGUGUUUGUCAGACAACUAGCGGUGGCGGACUUUCUCGCCAUCAUCAACACAGUCUUGCCUACCGUCAUCACCAUGUUUACAGGGAGGUGGAUCUUAGGAGACCUGCUCUGCGACAUCACUGGACACUUCAACUUUAUACCUGUCCUGGUUAAUAUCUACCUCGUUCUCAACUUGUCCAUUUUCAAGAUCCUGAUGUGCAAGAUGCCGUUCAGGAUGCGUGAUCUCACCACAACUCAUGCCUGGCUGUUGGUCCUACUGUCUUACCUCCUGGCUGGGGUGGAGUUAUUUGAAAGUAUUUUCCUAGCCAAGAGCGGAAUGUAUGCUCCCCCAGUUAGCAGAUGCAUUAGUAAGAUUUAUGUUACCCACCCUACUCUGAUGUUAUGGAACGCUGCCAUACCUGUUGGAGUUCCCCUACUGGUAAUCAUUUUCUGUAACCUUUGGAUCUACCAGGUGGCCAGAAAAGUAGUGAGAGCCAGGGGUCAAGGGUCCCAUUCCCGAGCUCUGCUCACGAUCUGUGCAGUUUCUGGUCUCUUUGUUAUCUCGUGGACCCCCAAGUUGAUCUACGUCACCGUGGUGACAAUCACUAAGAAACAGAUCCCUUGGGCAGUGAAGAUAUCACAUUUCUUUCCUUUCAUCAACUCAGUGGGAAACCCCUUCAUCUACAAAUUUACCAACAAACGGUACAGUGAGUUUGUGUUCAACCUCUUCACAAAGUUCAAGAUUACCGCAGCUGAGACGUCAUCUGGAAUCUUCACUAAGAUGUCAGAGUUAAAGUCCAGUCGAGCAGUCAGCUCUCCAGAAGUCACCUCUAAAUACCACAGAAGAAUAGGAGAGGCUAACUCAAGCGUAGUAAAAAACCUCUAG